AUGUACUCCAACACUUCUUACUCGUCUACCGCGACCAUGUCUGCCUCUUCCUACAACAGUCAGGCAGGGACCUGGCAGGAGCGUCUCGAAGACGCCUGCCGCGAAGCAAACAUCCUGCCCCCGGUGUUCCAGAUUGUUUCCGAUCGUCGUGGUGGUCGCACCGCUUGGUCCAGUCGAGUUACUGUUCACGGACGCACCCUCUCUGCACGAUUCUGGUACGACGGCAAGAACCUCAACAAUGCGAAAGAAGACGCGGCCGAAAUGGCCCUCAAUUACCUCACCGGAUCGAACCCCAGCUCCCCAGCCAAUAGCAGAGGUGGCUGGUAA